AUGACCAAGUUGACAAACUACACACCACCAUCAAUUUACUUAAAGCAACUCCUUUUAACAUGUGCUCACUCCAUUUCUAGGUGUGAUUUCAGCACAGCCAACCAUCUUACCACCAUCCUUUCAGCCAAAUCUUCACCUAUUGGUGACUCUUCCGAAAGACUAAUCCAUUCUUUCACCAAAGCCCUAACCCUACGCCUUCAUACCAUCCCCACAAAUUCUUCGACCACAAACUAUUCUACUCCUACUGCUAAUUACAACAACAAUAUGGAUAAUGAUGAUGCAAUCAUACAAUCAUCAUAUUUAUCACUUAACCAAAUCACACCUUUCAUUAGAUUUAGUCAUCUCACUGCUAAUCAAGCAAUCUUGGAAGCCAUUGAUCAAUCUAACCAUCUUCAACAGCAUCCGCCUUAUGAUAUACAUAUACUAGAUUUCGACAUCAUGCACGGUGUCCAAUGGCCACCUUUAAUGCAAGCCAUAGCCGACCGACAUGACCCGUUACCGACUCUCCGAAUCACAGCCACCGGAACCAACCUCGAUAUCCUACGGAAAACCGGUGACCGGCUUUCUAAAUUUGCUCACUCACUUGGUCUUCGAUUCCGGUUCUUUCCACUUUUGCUCCCACAAAGUAUUUCUAGCACUCAAACAGUGGAUGACGUCAUAAACCAUCUGUCUGCUGUCUUACUACUUCCUAAUGAAAUCUUGGCUGUGAAUUGUGUUCUUUAUUUACAUCGUUUGUUAAUCGACCGAGACAAGCUUUGUUUGUUGUUGAGAAAAAUCAAAUCUAUGAACCCUAAAGUUGUAACUUUAGCUGAAAACGAAGCAAACCAUAACCACCCAUUAUUUCUCUCAAGAUUUGAAGAGGCUUUGCACUACUACACCGCGGUUUUCGACUCGCUUGAAGCGACACUUCCACCGAAUAGUAGGCAAAGGAUGGAGGUUGAGCAAGUAUGGUUUGGGAGAGAAAUUGGAGAUAUAGUUGCUGUAGCUGAAGGAGAGAAGAGAAGAGAAAGGCAUGAGAGGUUUUUGUCAUGGGAGAUGAUGAUGAGAAUUGCUGGUUUUCGGAAUGUGGCUUUAAGCCCUUUUGCUCUUUCACAAGCUAAGUUGCUGUUGAGACUUCAUUACCCAUCUGAAGGUUAUAAUCUUGAUGUUGUAAAUGAUUCUUUCUUUUUGGGUUGGCAGAAUCAACCCCUUUUCUCUGUUUCUUCUUGGCAUUAA